AAUCUUUAGACAGCUCUUUGGUAAAUUUAGAAACUACAAAUGAUAUAAACAUAGAGUUAGUAACUUCAGAAAUAAGUGAAAUAAUAGAAGUAGAUCAAAGUGAUGAACAGGAUUAUCAAGUUUCAGUAGAGGCUUCAUUCUUAGAAACAAUUAAUAAUGAUGACAAGGUUAGAAGACGUAUAUUUAAAUGUACACAUUUUGGUAAAAGUGUUAGAAAUCAAGUAGUUGAUCUUUCGCAGCAGU